AUGAAGUUCACCUCCGUCGUCGUCGCCGUUGCUCUCGCCGCUGGCACCGCUCAGGCCGCCGCUACUAGUCGCGGUCCCGGCGAUACUCUCCCCAAGUGGUGUGGCCACAUCGGCCAGGGCUGCAAGCGAACUGCCGAGGCCUCCGUCGAUGUCAAGCGCUCUGCCGAUGCUCUCGCCGAGGCCAUGGCUAAGAACUUGCCCCUUGUCCUUCAGAAGUGGUGUGGCCACAUUGGCCAGGGCUGCUACAAGGCUAAGCGCGCCGCCGAUGCUGCCGAGGAGGUCAAGCGUACCAGUGAUGCUCUCGCUUAUGCCAUGGCUGCUCUCGAGGAAGAUGAUGAGGAGUAA